CAUCGGCGCCCAGUGCGCGCGCCACGCCUCAAGGUCGUCCUAUAAGGCGCGGGCCUGGGUCCCCAAGCCCAGGACGACCGCCGGGGGCGACAGAAUCGGUGCGCAGGAGCUCCCGCCGCGCCGCAACCCGGAGCCCGGAAGCCUCCCGCCGCCCGCCCGCCCGCCAUGAACUCCUCCCUGCAGCCGCGCGCCAGCAGCUGGCGGCGGGCAGCCACCAUCCUACUGGCGGCCGGCUGGGCGCGCCCGAGCCCCGCCGCCCCGUCGCUGCCCCCCGAGGGCUUCCGGCUGCUGCUGCUGCAGCGCUCCGAGAACCAAGGCUUCUUGCCCGGGGCGCACGUCUUCCCGGGGGGCGUGCAGAACACGGCAGACUGCUCGGCAGACUGGUUGCGCCUCUUCGCGCCGCACCACCAGCCGCCGCUCUUCGGCCUGGGCGCCGCACGGUCGCGGCCUGCCUCUUUCCCAGGGCUGCCCGCCGCCGCCGGCGCCGCCGCCGAGGACGCCGCGGCGCUGCCGGAUGACGUCGCCGCCCGCAUCUGCGCCAUCCGCGAGACCUUCGAGGAGGCGGGCGUGCUGCUGCUGCGGCCCCGGGCCGCCCUGCCCGCCGUGCCCGAGCUGGGCCGGGCCCUCGCGCCGCCGCGGGGCCUGGACGCCUGGCGCGACCGCGUCCGCCGCGACCCGCGCCACUUCCUGAGCCUGUGUGCGCACCUCGACUGCACGCCCGACAUCUGGGCGCUGCACGACUGGGGCGGCUGGCUCACGCCGUUUAAGCGCCGCGGCGGCCGCCGCUUCGAUACAGCCUUCUUCUUGUGCGGCCUGAGCGAGCCGCCGCGGGUCUACCCAGACUUGACCGAGGUGGUGAGCUGCCAGUGGUUGUCUCCAUCAGAGGCAACUGAGAGUUUCAUAUCAAAGGAAAUUUGGUUUGCACCUCCACAAUUCUAUGAAAUAAGAAGACUGGGAAACUUUGCCUCUCUCUCUGACUUGCACAAAUUUUGUUUGGACGGUGCAUCGGAAGGAAUGGAAAGAUGGCUGCCGAUCACAUUUUUAACUGCUGAUGCAGUGCUCCAGCUUUUACCAGGAGAUGAGCUGUACUUAGAAGAUUCAGAAUUUUUAGAAAAUGUUAUGUCCUCUGAAAAAAAGACUGAAGAAAUCAUGAAGGAAGGCAAGACAUUUCACCGACUAGUGUUACACAGCCACCAUGUGUAUAAUCUCCACGUGACUAUCCAUUCGAAGUAUAAGCAGGUUUAUCCUAAGACCUAUGUGAUAAGUAAGAGCCAUUUGUAGAGUACUGCUUAUUUGUACUUGGUUGACUGCUUGAAGUUUUCCUGUGGAAUACUGAGGGUUGACGAGACUUGCUUGGAGCGUAAGGACCCCCUCAGAAGUUAUAGUACAGUCUUUCACGUUUCAAGUGCAUUGGAGCACUUCCUUGCUUAUUUCAUUCUUCAAACCUUACAGUAUUCCACAAGUAUCAAUAAAGUGCUAAUGAUCUUGCUCCCAGAUUGAGGAAAAAACCUUUCACAAGGGUUUCCGCUUCUGUAUCAUUUUAUUAUCAGAAGUUUAAAUAAGAUGUCCGGUAUAUUAGCACUUCCCUUGAUGUGUUUAGGAGAUGGAUCCAUGACCCCCUUAGAUUUGCUGCUGGAAUUAGUUGAAGGGUGUCUGAUUACACAGGGGACAGUACACUGAGCCGACCUUCAAGUGACAGCGUCAUUAUUUUCUUGUAUGUCUUUAGCUUGAUGAUUAACCUUCAAUUCUGUGUACUACCAAAUGGCCUUAGUUAUUAGGUUUACCAAAUGGGAAACCUAUUUUAAAGAAAUAUGAAGCCAUCACAGAAGCCAUAAUUAUUUUUACUCUGGAGCAGUAGCUAAUGAAUACAAAGAGAUUAAAGAUCUGUAGAACUAGUCAUCAUUCAGUAGCAUUUUAUUAAUGAUGCUUAUUUUCAAUAUUUUUAAUAUGGGUAAUUUUUUCAUGUUCUCUCUUAAGAGGAAUACGGUUUUGAUUAAAGAUGGGAAAUGACUAAGACAUCAA